UCUCACUCAUUCACUGGGGCGCACAGACAGGAGGCGGCGGGCAUAUGUGGAUACAUGCAACAGAUCAGCCCACAGAAAGAGCGCCGCAGUUUGCCUGUGCGCGCCAUCCGCUUCCACGAGGUCCAUCUACUUCUAUUUAUUCAUUUAUUUAUUGUAUUGUCUGUUCUGCGGAGUUUUUUGGACAGUGCGCUGCAGCGAAGGAUUUAACAUGCCAGAUUUCUGAGAAGACGUUUUUUUUCCUCCUCUCUCCCCUUCCCCACCCCCCUGAUUUUUUCCUCCUCUGUGGAACUAAUCUCAACCUUGUGUGCGCAGAAGAUGGGGGCAAACAUGGUUCAAACCAAAGGAAAUAUAUUCUCCUCGGCACUACUCAAACUACUGCUUCUGGUCGCGCUCCUGCAUGGCACCGACGGUAAGACUUUGAAAUACAAAGUUUACGAGGAGCAGAAAGUGGGAACAGUUAUCGCACGGUUAAAGGAGGACGUAGCAGGGGUUUUAUCCAAACUACCGAGCUCCCUGACCUUUCGGUUCCGCGCUAUGCAGCGAGGGAGUACGCCGUUUCUGUCUGUCCGGGAAGAGGACGGGGAGAUCAGCAUUGGCACCAAAAUCGAUCGUGAAAAGCUUUGUGAGAAAAACUUGAACUGCUCGAUUGAAUUCGACGUGGUGACGCUGCCGACGGAGUACCUGCAGCUGUUCCAUGUGGAGGUGGAAGUGCUGGACAUCAACGACAACUCCCCGCACUUCUCCCGUGCCAUCGUACCCAUUGAGAUCUCCGAGAGCGCAUCAGUGGGGACGCGCAUUCCCCUGGACGGGGCCGUGGAUGCGGACGUCGGGGAGAACUCCCUGUACACGUAUUCCCUGACGCCUAAUAACUUCUUUAAGAUCGACAUAAGAACCCGGACAGACGGAGCCAAGUACGCUGAGCUGGUGGUGAUGAGGGAGCUGGACCGGGAGGUGCAGUCCAGCUACCAGCUGCAGCUCACAGCCUCAGAUAAUGGUGUGCCCCCCAAGUCUGGCUCCACUUUGGUCAAGAUAAGUAUCUCUGAUUCCAACGACAAUAGCCCAGCCUUUGAUGAGCAGGCAUAUAUAAUCAAUUUGCUGGAAAACUCUCCUCUGGGGACACUUUUAAUUGAUUUAAAUGCCACAGAUCCAGAUGAGGGCACUAAUGGGAAAAUAGUCUACUCUUUCAGCAGUCACGUCUCGCCAAAGAUCUUGGAAACGUUUAAGAUAAACCCAGAAAAUGGCCACAUUACUCUGAUUAAAAAAGUGGACUAUGAAACCACUGCUUCCUAUGAGCUGGAUGUUCAGGCUCAGGACUUGGGCCCUAAUUCCAUUCCUGGACUUUGCAAAAUUGUGGUGAAAGUGGUGGAUGUGAAUGACAACAAACCAGAGAUAAACAUCAACCUGAUGACGCCUGGCAAAGAGGAAGUGGCCUAUAUUUCAGAGGGAGCCCCCGUGGACACCUUCAUAGCUCUGGUGCGCGUUGAUGACAGCGAUGCAGGGCUCAACGGGGAGGUUGUGUGCAGGCUACAUGGUCACGGCCACUUCAGGCUGCAGAAGACCUACGAGAAGAACUACAUGAUCCUCACCAACGUCUCGCUGGACAGAGAAAAGAGGUCAGAGUACAGUCUGACGGUCAUUGCUGAGGACAGGGGCUCCCCCAGUCUGUCCACCAUCAAACAUUUCACUGUUCAGGUGCUGGAUGAAAACGACAAUCCCCCACGUUUCGAGAAGAGUCGCUACGAGGUCUUUAAAUCUGAGAACAACUCCCCUGGAGCCUACCUGAUGACUGUUGUGGCCUCAGAUCCAGAUCUGGGCACCAAUGGCCAGGUCACCUACACUGUCAUAGAUGUUCUGAUCCAAGGGAGUCCUAUCUCCACCUACGUCACCAUUGACCCAUCCAAUGGGGCCAUCUAUGCCUUGCGCAGCUUUGACCAUGAAGACGUCAGCCGGAUUGCCUUCACUGUUCAGGCUCGCGACGGAGGGAAUCCUGCGCUGUCAGCCAACACCACAGUCCUGCUCACUGUUCUGGAUGAGAAUGACAACCCACCCAUCAUCCACUCCCCCUCUCUCCGGAACCACACUGCUGAGCUUCCAGUGUGGAAGUACGCCUCGCCGGGUCAGCUGAUUACUGUGCUUAAAGUCACAGAUCGUGAUGCAGGCGCCAAUGGAGAGGUGAGCUGCGCCAUUGUUGGUGGUAACGAGGACGGGUUGUUUGUGAUGGAUGCGCGGCGAUGUGAGCUCAGAACCAAUGCCAGUCUGGAGCAGGCUCCACGGGAUGUUAUGGAGAUCAGGGUAGAAGUGCAGGACAGGGGUACCAGCCGACUGUCCACAGGAGCCCUCCUCAGGCUCUCCCUGCAGGAGAACAUGGACAUACUUCCCCCCCUCUACCCUACAGGCUCCAGCCAGGCCUCGCUGGACCUUUCCCUCAUUGUCAUCAUAUCUCUGGGUGCUGUCUGUGCUCUGCUGCUCAUCGUCAUGGUUAUGUUCGCCACUGCCCGCUGCAGCCGUGAGAAGAAAGACCCCAGACACAACUAUAACUGCCGUGUUGCAGAGAACAGCUACCAGAACCACCCCAAGAAGCCUGCCAGGCAAAUACACAAGGCAGACAUCACCCUGGUCCCGACUGUCAAUGGUACUCUACCGGUGCGAGCACAUCCACGCUCGCCGUCGCCUUCCCCUACACCUGAAAGGGGCACCCUGGGGAGCAGGCAGAGCCAUCAUAGUCGCCAGUCACUCAACAGCCUGGUCACCAUCUCCUCCAAUCAUGUGCCAGAAAACUUUGCCUUAGAGCUGGCCCACGCCACGCCUCCUGUAGAGCAAGUUUCACAGCUUCUGUCCAUGCUCCAUCAGGGCCAGUACCAGCCACGACCAAGCUUCAGAGGCAACAAAUACACCAGGAGCUACAGAUACGCCCUGAACGAGAUGGAUAAGUUCAGUCUGAAGGACAGCGGUCGUGGAGACAGCGAGGCCGGCGACAGCGACUACGAGCCUGGCAGGGAGUCACCCAUGGACAGGCUCCUUGGUGAGGGCUUUACUGAGAUAUAUGCCCCUGAUGGCCAGCACAGACCGCAUGCAGCGAUGCGGCUCUGCACAGAGGAGUGUCGUGUCCUGGGUCACUCAGACCAGUGCUGGAUGCCCCCCCUGGCCUCUCCGGCCUCUUCUUCCUCUGAUUACCGCAGCAACCUCUACAUCCCCGGGGAAGAAGCCCGCCAGGACACCGAGCACUCCCAGGAAAAGACCCCGCAGCCCUGCACCGACACGGGUCCCGCCCGAAACCAGAGCUUCUCCACUUUCGGCAAGGACCUGGGUGGGGAGGAUGGUGGAGAGGAAGAAGAAGGGGGAGAUGGCAGUGGUGGCGAAGUGAGAGAUGAAGACCUCUGUGGGACCACGUCGCUGCUGUCAGAGAUGAGCAGCGUGUUCCAGAGGUUGCUCCCCCAGGGCCUGGACUCGUAUGUCCAGGUCAGCGAGACUCAAAAGGGGACCAGCCUGAGCGGGGUGGGUGUACCCAUGACUGGAUCUUUAGAUCGCAGGAGGAGUCAUCUGCCUGGCAAGCCCAGCCCCUCCGUCCAUCAGCAGGGUGUGGCAGCCUGGGCCGCUAACACCCAUUUCCAGAACCCGGGGAGUAAUAUCGGCCCAUCUGGCCACCACCAGGGAGGCAGCUACCACACCCUGAAACCCAGCACCAAGCUCAGCUCCCAGAGCAGCAGCCACAAGGGCUCACAAGCGCCCAAAAACAGCCCCCAGAACAGCGGCCACGCUCUCAAACCCCACAGUAGCCCCCUGCUGACGGCGUUGGUUAGCCCCACACUAGUGCAGCCUUCGCCGGCAUCGGUGCCGGUGCCGGUGCCACUCCCAGGGCCUUCCUCCAAAUGGCUGCCGGCCAUGGAGGAGAUCCCAGAGAACUAUGAGGAGGAUGACUUUGACUCAGUGCUCAGCCACCUUCAUGGCAAACGUAGCGACAGCCGACACGAGCUGGUGGAUGCAAGUGAGCUGGUGGCCGAGAUUAACAAACUGUUACAGGACGUCCGGCAGAGCUAGACUCCCUGUUUCUUCUCCUCUAUAUUUAUUCAUCACCCACUCACUGCUUCAGUCAGGGGCUGUGGGUGUAAAAGAAGGACAGACAGGUUACUCCAUAAGAAACAAAGACAAAAAAAAACAAGACCUGCAAUUGUCGUUAAAGUUGCAUUUCUAAUGUAAUAAUUGUGUUUUGUGAAUGCUAAAUAUCCAAAAAAAAUGUUUGUUAAUUGCUGGUUUGGUACCUAAUGUACACUAUGUGACGGUAUUUAUCUUUGUAUUUUAAAAAUACAUUUGUAUACUUAUAUUUAUAAAAAAAAAAAGUGUAUAUAAACUUAAUCAGAAGUCUAUUUUUAUAUUUUGAAUGCAUGUUGAGUACAAAACGUUGAAUCAAGACUUUGACAUGCGAUCGACAUUCUACAUAUUUAAAUUGUCUUUUGUAUUGUGAUUCUUUUUUAUUUGUCACGAUGAUAUGUAUACAUGAAGAUAUUAAUGAAUUAAUAGACACUUGUCUUUGUGGAUUCUUGUGGGGAAGGGGAUGAUACACAAAUAAAAUAUUCAUACACAAACA